GACUUUGCAAUAUCUAUCGUAACACCAAACAUUGCUAGUGGUGAAACUGUCAACGUUGACUGUGACUGACAAAAGUUGACUUUAGCACGUUGCAUCACAGUCAGGAACUGCAAUUUUCCGACAAAAGUACAAAGAUUAAACAAAGCCAACGCACACAAUACACAAAUUACGGCUCCACAGUUCUUUUUUUUUUGCUCAGUGCACUAUCGCGAAUUUCGGUAUUGUAAUGUUCACAAAUAUGCCGUCGAAAGUCCAGAAGUAUGACACUGCGAUUCAGAAUGUGGAGCAGCUGAUUACCAAGUGCUACCCUGAGAAGAUUGUCGAGCUGAACGAGCUGCUCGGCAUGCCAAUGUUCAAGCCCCGAGAUCUCGAAGAGCUGCGCCAGGAGCUAUGCAUUCCUGUCCUGCCUCCAGUGCUUGCCGAAAACCAUUGCGACGGCUGCAUCGAUGAUCAGCCUCAGAGUAAGCGUGCGCUCACCGAUGUCAUUGUCGCCGGAUGCCCAGCUGUGACGUGCAGCCCAGUGCCUUGUAACAAGACGGUCUGCGAAAUGAUCAAAGUGGUCCAGACCAUUGUCCGUACUCUGAUAAAGCAGGCAAAUUUCUUGAAUAUGUGGAUAACGGUACUGACUAUACAAUCCGGUAGCGCAAUUUGCGCCUCCAUCCAGGAGGAUAUCAACGAUGAAUUCAAGAAAAUCGAGCUGAAUGCAAUCGACUGCUUCAAAAUGAUUUCGGAGUACUUCGCCGUACGCGACAAGACCCUUGCACUGGUGGCGAAAUACCCGCACGCCGAGGAACACCGAAAAGCUGUUGUCGAGAUUGAUGAGAAGACUUGCCUCUCUCUGACGAAAGUUGUCUGCGACGUGCGGAAUAACUACUCCUUACUCAUCGACGUCGCCACCAAAAACUGGAUCAAGCUAAAGAGCUCCUUCAAUGCCAAUACCUAUUCCUAAUCAUUUAUAUAUGUAUGUAUGCAUAUGUCUGAAGUAUAUACAUGUAUACGUGUGUUUUCCCUGUUGCGAUGGUCCUCGGAGCGUGGUUCACCGUAAAUUGUGUAAUGCCGCUGGCGAGUGAUGCUUACCGAGAAUAUUUUAGCAUAUAAAAUGAUCAAUAAAAUAUGUA